AUGGCCCGCCAGUCGGCGUUCUCAGCAACGACUCGUCCGACGGUGUUCACCUGCAACGCCAUCAUCGGUGCCAUGCUCCACGCAAAAAGACACAACCAAGCUCUUGAUUUGUACGAGUUCUUCUUUAACUUGUUUAAAAUUGUUCCUAACAUUGUCUCUCAUAACUUUGUUAUCAAUGCCUAUUGUGAUGAGGGCCGCAUUGACGCGGCUCUCGAUGUUUUUCGGAAAAUGAAGGCCGAUGCAUCUAUCAAACCCUCACCGGUUACCUAUCAGAUUAUCACCAAAGCUUUGAUCAGUGCUGGUCGUAUUGAAGAUGCCCUGGUAAAUUUUGAUAAGGCUAAUGAGCUUAUUGAUGACCUUAAGAGGUGGUGUCCGAAUUAUUACAACGGCGUUGUGAGUGCCACUUAUAUGCAGUGGUGCUUUGUACAAAGAAGAGAGAAGGAGGCUAUGGAGUGUUAUAACUCCUUAUUGAACCGCAAGUGUACGAUGAUGAGACCUGAAACUUGCAAUAUUCUCUUGACGGUUUUGCUCUCGUCUGGAAAAAAAACUGAGGCUUGGGACUUGUUUCAUGACAUGUUAGACAAUCACACACCUCCCACUUUUCAUGGUGUUGACUCUAACACUUUUAUUGUGAUGGUCAAUGAAUGCUUCAAGCUUGCGCGCGCACACACAACUUUGUUUGCUGCAUAUAUUAAAGUGGAUAGGAUCCAUGAUGCUUUGAUGAUAAUUAACAAAAUGGUGGAGGCUGGUCUCAAGGUGGAUUGUAUGAUGACUUGA